CAGAGCAUUGUGGGUAGGUCAGGGAGAGAGAGAGGAGGCCGCCAUGUGCUUUUGAGUGAGAGAGGGAGCCGGGGUCUGCGGACAGGAGCUGCGGGUCUGAUCUGAGCACUGAAGGAGCUGAGCACCGGGACUAGUUGUUUUAGCGGACAUGUACUGCACACUGCACUGCAUCAGGACGUCGCUGCGGGUGGCGGCUCAGGCGCACGGACAUCAUCUCCCAGCACCGGCCCUGUGUGCUCUGAGAACUCUCAGGACCAGCCCUGCCAGUCGAAACGAUGCCAUCGCCACACCCCCGUUAGAUGGAGCCCCCAAACAGUACUCCCCCAAAAUACAGCAACUGGUCAAUGAUAUAUCCAGUCUGAGCCUUUUAGAAGUGUCUGACCUCAACGAGCUGCUGAAGAAAACUCUCAACAUUCAGGAUGUAGGAAUGAUGUCCAUGGGAGCGAUGGCUGCAGCUCCCUCAGCAGCAGUAGCAGCUCCUGCAGCAGAUGAGGAACCAGCUCCAGCAAAGAAGGAGAAAACUCAUUUUACAGUAAAACUGACAGAGUUAAAGGCGGCGGAUAAAGUGAAGCUGAUUAAGGAAGUGAAGAACUGCAUUCAGGGCUUGAAUUUAGUACAGGCCAAGAAGCUGGUUGAGUCGCUGCCUCAGGAGAUCAGGGCAAACGUUUCCAAAGAAGAGGCAGAAAAGCUGAAGACGGCGCUGGAGGCAGCAGGUGGCACUGUGGUUCUGGAGUAGAUCCCUCACCUCUGCUUCCUGCAUCUUCAUUACUGUCUUUUUCUUUUGUUUUCCUCUUUUUUUUUUUUUUUUACAACAAAAGUGAAAGGAAUAUUUCAAACAAAUAAUGCCUUUAAACAUUACCAUGUGAUCUACCGGUGACUGUCUGAGUGUGAGAACUCACGGACUGGACUCUGGCAGGUACCGGACCUGCCCGCUCUCACCGCUCAGUCCUCAGACCUGUCUGCCUGCCUGCCUGGCUCCUGUAAGCUCAUAGAGCUGCAGAUGUGCCGGCUGAAGCAGUCCAGAUGUAGCGUUGUCUGUACGUCUGUCUGUUUCAUAGGGCGAAGGGCGACGUGGUGGCCAUUGCCUGUGGUUAAAUAAAUGUCCUGUAAUACAUUCAGCAUGGUCUCAUCAUGUGAACUUGAGAUAUAACACAAAUAGAACAAGAGAACAUCAGUGUAUAAAAAAAAUGUACCUCACUUAUGCUUAUGAAUGAACGUGUUUUUAAUGGA